CUAGCUUCAGAAUUUCAGAUGGGUCCUUGUUCUGCUUCGCUCGCUGCCGCAGUGGCGGCCGGCCUCCUCCUCAUCUCCGGCGGCUGCGUCGUCGCCCAGCAGCCGCCGCCGGUGGCGCAAGGCCUGUCGUUCGACUUCUACAAGCGGAGCUGCCCCAAGGCGGAGUCCAUCGUGCGGAGCUUCGUGCAGGACGCGGUGCGCCGGGACGUGGGCCUCGCCGCGGGCCUCCUGCGCCUCCACUUCCACGACUGCUUCGUCCAGGGCUGCGACGCCUCCGUCCUGCUCGACGGCUCCGCCACCGGCCCCGGCGAGAAGCAGGCGCCGCCCAACCUCACGCUCCGCCCCUCCGCCUUCAAGGCCAUCAACGACAUCCACACCCGCCUGCAGAGGGAGUGCGCCGCCGCCGUCGUCUCCUGCUCCGACGUCCUCGCGCUCGCCGCCCGCGACUCCGUCGUCGCGUCGGGAGGCCCGAGCUACCGGGUGCCCCUGGGGCGGCGCGACAGCACCAGCUUCGCGACGCAGCAGGACGUGCUCGGCGGCCUCCCGCCGCCCACCGCCACCGCCCCGGCUCUCCUGGCCGUGCUCUCCAAGCUCAACCUGGACGCCGCCGACCUGGUGGCGCUCUCCGGCGGGCACACCAUCGGCCUCGGCCACUGCACCUCCUUCGAGGGCCGGCUCUUCCCGCGCCAGGACCCGACCCUGAACGCCACCUUCGCCGGCCUCCUCCGGCGGACCUGCCCGGCCAUGGGCACCGACCGGAGGACGGCGCUGGACGUGCGGACGCCCAACAAGUUCGACAACAAGUACUACGUGAACCUGGUGAACCGGGAGGGGCUCUUCACCUCGGACCAGGACCUCUUCAGCAACGCCGCCACCAGGGACAUGGUCGCCAGGUUCGCGCAGAGCCAGAAGGCCUUCUUCGACCAGUUCGCGUCCUCCAUGGUGAAGAUGGGGCAGAUCAAGGUGCUCACGGGGAAGCAGGGCCAGAUACGCAGCAACUGCUCCGCGCGCAACAACCCAGCCGGCCUGCUGCUGCCAUGGUCCAUCUCCAUCCUCGACGACCAGGCCUUCUAGCUAGAUACUUCAUGGCUGCUCGUAGUCGAUCGUACGUACCGGAUCAUGAGCACGUGGCAGCUUGUAGCAUGCAUCUAGCUUAUUAGCUUGGGGAAAUAAAAGUGACCAUGCAUCCAUGGCACAAAUAUCAGAGUCCGGCCGGCCGGUGUGUACAAGCAUAUCUAGAUUUUUUUUGUUGCUAUUUUCAUCUUACUACGACCUCUCGAAUAUAAUAAUCAGACGCUCCACGAAAUUAAAAGAGA